ACUGGAAUACGAAAUAAUCACUACUAUUAUAUGGGCUGGUAUGACUGGGUCUGGGGUGAGAUAUGAUCCUUGAACAUCCUUUGCCGGGCUCUUGCCUUGACUCUUUAGUUAUCAUACUGCACCAUGAGCGAGCGACUGCGUCAAAUCCAUCAACAACUGCAGCCUAGCGACCCCGCCGCCGACCCCAGUCGCCUAGAUGGCCAGGUAGUGAUUAUCACGGGGGGUGCUCAAGGUACGCAUUCUUUGCAAUUUGAAAUUGUUACAUCGAUACGCUAGUAAUACCCUACUGGCAAAUGAAUCGGAAGGGCGACCGCGGUAUUGUUUGCCCGAAAGGAGCCAAGAUCGCCGUCAAUGAUUUGGAUAUAAAUAAAGCGGAGGAUGUGGUAAGGGAAAUCCGCGGAUUUCAGGGCGAUGCGGAAAGCUUUCCAGGCAACGUCCUUGACGAGAAAUUUCCGCCGCAGUUGGUCAACACCGUACUGCAGAGAUGGGGCAAGGUCAACUGCCUCAUUAACAAUGCCGGUUUCUGCCAUGAUAGUGCAAUCCACAAGAUGGACGAAGACAAGUUCGAUAUUAUCAUGAAAAUCCACAACUACGUGCCGUUCCGGAUGACACGAGCGCUAUCUGGCCAUUGGAUGGAUUCGGCUCACAAAGACAUGCCAAAGACCGUGAUCAACGUGUCGUCUACGUCUGGCCUGCAUGGAUCGAUGGGACAGAUCAACUACGCAACGGCCAAAGCUGGGGUCGUCGGGCUAACGAAGACCAUAGCGUCGGAAUGGGCCCGAUAUAAUAUUAGGGCUAAUGCAGUGGCCUACGGUUGGAUUGAUACGCGAAUUACUUGCCCGCCCACCGAGUCGAAGCCGAUGAUGCUGGGAGGGCAGUCCAUUCGUCAUGGGAUCCCGGAAAGUGCGAAGAAAUGGCGAGAUGUGUCUGAUAUUCCGCUCGGUCGACCUGGGUCUGCGGACGAAGCUGCGCGGGUGAUGCUUUUUCUGGCCAGUCCGCUGUCUUCGUACGUAACUGGCACUUGCAUCGAGUGCACGGGAGGACGCUUUAUGUAG